UCUCUCUCUAUGUAUGUAAAGAUAUUUUUUUUGUCAAAAAAAAAAAAAAAAAAAAAAAAGAAAAAAAGAACUGAUUAAAAAAAGAAGUACAUGGCAUAUCAAGUUAAUGAGAUCGACGUCAUGCAAGCUUUAAUGUCAACCAAUUCUAGUAUGGUAUUAGUAAUCAAUUAUGUCAAAAGGAUUGGGUGAGAAUUAUCAAUGUUAUGGAUAAAAACAUAAAAGACAUUAAAUAGAUUAAGGUCCCAACGGACAAAUACAGAGUCGCCACACUUUAUUGCUGUGGUUGGAAAUGGCCGGUGGGUAGAAUUGCAGUAGUUCAAGCUUCGGACAAUUUACUACCCCAGUCCUGGUGCCUCAUGCUGUGCUCCUCUACCUCUUCAUCUUAGUACUCUCUCUCUCUCUCUCCCCUUCUUCUUCUUCUUCUUUAUGAGAACUAUAGUUAGGAAAUGGCCAUGAAUAUAGCUACCCACAAGAAGUAGUUCAUAACUUCAUGGAAGUUAAUGUUGUAGUUGUGGAAUGAUAAUGGUCACGUGGUGCAUGAGAGAGAGAGAGAGAGAGAGAGAGAGAGAGAGAGAGAGAGAGAGAGAGAGAGGAUCAAAUAGUCAAGAAAGAUUUGAGGAGAGACUAAGAAAGUGAUACUUCUCACAUACGCCAUUGAUCACAAUUUUCAAGCUCAACGGCUAGUUUCUUGGGCAUGCAACAAGCAAUGCGUGGGAGCUUAAUUGGAAUGGCUCUAACCAGGCAGAGUCUCAGUGCAAAUCAAUUAAUUAAGCAACCUUGAAGGUGCCAUGGAAUUACACAAAGGUGACUUAGAUUUUAUUGGAAAGAGUAAUAUUGGGGAGGCUAAAACAUAACUCAAAAAAAGUUUCCAUGCAUUAAAUUAUGGCAUGUGGCAUGUACAUAUGAUAUAUUUUCAUCCAUAAAAUAAUUUUUUAAAACUAUGAAUUAGCAGCAGAUAUUUUUCUAUUACUAGUGAGAGCAUUAAAUAUAUUGGCAAGUAGCUAGAGAGAAAAGAAGAUGCUGAAGAGAGAUGAGAGGAUUUAAAGCAUUUAAGAAUAGCCUACUUGUCAUCUUAAAUGCUAAGUCUGCCACCUUUUAAUGACUGGUAUUUGAUAAAUGACAUUUAAGAACCCUAUUUAAGUGCCCACAUCUCCUCAUACUUGGCUUUAUUAAUCAAGGAAACCUGCUAGAUAGGUCUCUCGAUCUUCAACCUCCUUUCCCUUCCCGUAAGUCACAAACUCUUCUCUCUCUCUCUCCACCUUCCUCUCACACCCAACCCUACAUGCAUAAUCGAGAUAUUAAUUUAAGAGAAAGUUGCCCUUAGUAGAAGAGAAGAAGAAGAAGAAGAAGAACAAGUCUACAACUGGCUGGCAUUACUCCUAAGAUCUUUUCUCCUUAGAAAAUCAUGGAUCAUCCGGAGCUAUCUUUAGGCCCAUCGCUAUCUUCCUUCUCCGAAAGCACCAAUACUUCCUCUUCUGAAUCUGAAGCAAACAAUCGUAAGAAGAGGAAGCUUUCAAGCUGGAUGCAGCCCAACACUCAAACUAGCAUAGAUCUCCAGCUGAAUAAUCGCCUCCCCUUGGACUGGGAGCAGUGCCUAGACCUCCAAUCUGGGAGGAUGUACUAUCUAAAUAGGAAAACUCUAAAGAAGAGUUUGCUGAAGCCAAAGGAGCAGAAGCUAGACCUGGAUCUAAACAUAUCAAAUCUUCCAGACUGUGAAAACAACAAGAACAGUUCUCUAUCGCUAGAAAACACAGAGAAGCAGAACAGCUGCAGCAAUGGUGGCUCUGCCAUGGUCGCAAUAGUCUGCCUCAACUGCCACCUGCUUGUCAUGCUCUACCGGUCAUCUCCUUCAUGCCCAAAUUGCAAGUACAUGCACUUGCUGCUGCCAGUGCCAUCACCACCGCCAAAGAAACAGUCCGUUAAGUCACUUGAAACACUAAGCCUACUCCAUUAGCUCACCAUAUUGCUACAUAUGAACUUAUUGCUAAGAAUAACUAUUUGUAUAAAGAUCAUAUAGCUAUGAAGAAGUCUUCUCAUCCAUGACUGUUUUAAUUGUGCUUUA